UCAUUUGGAUUAGCUGAACCGAUGGUAAUGGCAGUCAUGGGAUCAAUUUACAAAGAUUCCCUCGGGAUGGUAACAGCAAUAUAUGAACUUGCUUUUAGUGCUUCCCAGUUCCCUGGCACUUGGACCCCUGAUGGGGGGUUUCCUUUACGAUGUAGGAGGAUUCUAUCUUCCUUUUGUAGUGACGGGGUCGCUUCAUCUGAUUAUGAGCAUAAUAGCUAUCAUUGCAAUAACAAAAAAUGCUAAAGAAGAAAGAUGUGAGGAAGACACCUCUUUGACUAACAAGACCACCAGCAGAAUGAAAUCUCUGCUCAGACCGCAAAUACUUCUUCUUGGAAUAGUUGUAAUGUUUUCUGUUGCCGCAGACGAGGCGUUCAUUGGCAACUUCCUGGCCGUUUAUAUGAAGGACAGCUAUCAGAAAACCGUUGAAGUAACAGGGACAAUUUUAAUGGUUUGUGGGGUGUGUAACUCUUUUGCUAUCAUGCUAUUUGGCUACUUGACAGAUAGGGGACUGUCUCGAGCUGUAACCAUAAUAUUAGGAUUCAUUGCUCUUAAUAUUGGAACACUUCUGAUAGACGUCUCACUAUUUGGAGCAGUAUGGCCGAGUUAUGUGUACCCAGGGAUUAUGUUUGGAUUGGUCGAGGUAGGGAGUGGUAUGAUUCAAGUUUGUAUCUUACCACUCUUGGUAUUUCAUGAUGGUCAACCUGAUCAGGAACGCUCAACUGAAGCAAUGACUGGGGUUUACAAUGCAGGGUUCUUCAUCGGAGCUUUUAUUGGGCCUCUGGUGGGAUCUGCUCUAGUGGACUUAAUUUCUUUUCCAAAAACGUUCAUUAUCUUUUCAGCUUUUAUACUUGGUGUAUUUGUUAUUAUUGGAGUUGCUCAUCUUAAAAUGAAAAAUCUAUUCAACUUAAAGGGAAAGCUUAUCGUGCCGUACGUCGACUAGGGACACUUUAGACAAGAAUAUUUAUGUGACGAAUCAAAAUAUAUUUUCCAAUAA